CAGAGCAAGUCGUUUUACAUCUAUUACACUAUUUUUCUUUUGUUUCUUGGCUCCGGUGAGGCGUCUCGGCACAUUCACGAUGUGAAUGUUCCGAGCCACCCCCCCGCGUUCGCGAGCGCGCAUUUUUUUCUUUCAUAUUCAUUCCCAGCAAGUUGCUUUACACCUAUUACAGUAAUUUUUUUUUCAUUUUUGAGCUCGGGUCAAACGCUUUAGUUUGACCAUAAAUGAAUGGUUAGAGCAAAAAUAGAUUUAAUCACUGUAAAUAUUCGAAAGGUAAAAGACAAAUUUCAAUAUCGUCAUCCGAAAAUGUCUGCAGCAGAAACGGAAGUGUCAAGUGUCAUGUGACAAAACUACAUCUUUUGCUCUCCAGCAAAAUAAGAUGAAAUAAACAAGAGGAGAGACCACUAAGUGGAUCCCUUGUAUGCUAAAAAUAGAUGUCAAACCGUCCUAUCACGAAAUCUGUGUUCCCAAAUUAGCAUGCGCACUAAACUGGCUUCCAUUUCUAUCAUUCACUUCAAAAUUUUUGUCUGCUUAGUGAAUUCCCUUUAAUCAAUAAUCAUGAACAUUUAUUAAACAUUCCUCGUCUAUCACUGUUAUAAUACAUUUUUCAACGAUUCUACACAGUUAUAGGGCAAACAUUCGCCUAUAGUACAUUUCAUAACUACCACACACACAGUUAUAACAACACUAUCCUUUAUAAAACAUUUCUAAUAACAGAUGAUAUUGGACUAACAGAAGAUGCACCUUCAAAACAUACCAUCAUUUAAAGACUGAAUGUAAAUGUUAUAUGGAAGAGACAGCCAGCACUGUUUCUAUGAACUCAUUGUAAAAUUCCAAUGACAUAUUUGCUCUGAACUGAGAUUAUUAGCAAACUUUCUGCCGUAGUCUGGAGUGUAUACAAAGUGAGUUUGUGUGAUAAUUAAACUUGGAUAAAAUAUUGCAAAAACUUAAAUUGAUUUUUUCUUGAAGACAUGCCUAAAGAUACAGGAAAACAAUCAUGUGACUUUAAUAUCUGUGAAAAGUCAUUCUCCCAGAAUGGUAACCGAUUUAAACAUAAGCAUAUUCAUACAGGGAAGAAACAAUAUUGUUGUGAUAUCUGUGGGAAAUCAUUCUCUGUACAUUGUCACUUAACAUCCCACCAACGUGUACAUACAGGAGAGAAGCCAUAUGGAUGUGAUAUCUGUGGCAAAUCAUUCUCUCAGAAUGGACACCUAACUAAACACAAACGUACUCAUACAGGAGAGAAACCAUAUCAUUGUGAUAUCUGUGGUAAAUCAUUCUGUGAAAGUGAUCAGUUAACUACACACAAACGUAUUCAUACAGGAGAGAAGCCAUAUCACUGUGAUGUUUGUGGUAAGUCUUUCUUUGGAGGGAGUGCUUUAUAUUUUCACAAGCAUAUUCAUACAGGAGAGAAGCCAUAUCAGUGUGAUAUCUGUGGUAAAUCAUUCUCUGUACAUAGUAAAUUAACAUCUCACGAACGUGUUCAUACAGGAGAGAAGCCAUAUCAAUGUGAUAUUUGUGGUAAAUCAUUCUCUCAGAAUGGAAGCUUAACCACACACAAACGUAUUCAUACGGGAGAGAAGCCAUAUCACUGUGAUAUUUGUGGUAAAUCAUUCUCUCAGUUUCAUUACUUAACUUCUCACAAGCGUAUUCAUACUGGAGAAAAGCCAUAUUGCUGUGAUACUUGUGGUAAAUCAUAUUCUAUACGUAGUAGCUUAAUAGCUCACCAACGUAUACAUACAGGAGAGAAGCCAUAUCACUGUGAUGUUUGUGGUAAAUCAUUCUUUAAUUGUAGUGCUUUGAAUUCUCACAAGCGAAUUCAUACAGGAGAGAAGCCAUAUCACUGUGAUAUCUGUGGUAAAUCAUUCUCUCAGACUUCUGCUCUAACUACACACAAACGUAUUCAUACAGGAGAAACACCAUAUCACUGUGAUAUUUGUGAUAAAUCAUUCUCUCAGUUUCAUUACUUAACUUCUCACAAGCGUAUUCAUACUGGAGAAAAGCCAUAUUGCUGUGAUACUUGUGGUAAAUCAUAUUCUAUACGUAGUAGCUUAAUAGCUCACCAGCAUAUACACACUGGAGAGAAACCAUAUCACUGUGGUAUUUGUGGUAAAUCAUUCUCUAAUUGUAGUGCUUUGAAUUCUCACAAGCGAAUUCAUACGGGAGAGAAACCAUAUCAUUGUGAUAUCUGUAAUAAAUCAUUCUCUCAGACUUCUGCUCUAACUACACACAAGCGUAUUCAUACAGGAGAGAAGCCAUAUCAUUGUGGUAUUUGUGGUAAAUCUUUCACACAAAAUACUUUCUUAACUUCUCACAAACGGAUUCAUACAGGUGAGAAGCCAUAUUACUGUAAUAUCUGUGGCAAAUCAUUCUCUGCCGGUGGUGCAUUAACAUCUCACCAACGUAUACAUACAGGAGAGAAGCCAUAUCACUGUGGUAUUUGUGGUAAAUCAUUCUCUGAAAGUAGUGCUUUGAAUUCUCACAAGCGAAUUCAUACAGGAGAGAAGCCGUAUUGCUGUAAUAUCUGUGGUAAAUCAUUCUCUCAAAGUAAUGACUUAACGAAACACAAGCGAAUACAUACAGGAGAGAAGCCAUAUCACUGUAAUAUCUGUGGUAAAUCAUUUACUGGAAGUAGUCACUUAAGGAUACACCACCGUAUUCAUACAGGUGAGAAACCAUAUCAGUGUGACAUUUGUGGUAAAUCUUUCACCAGAAAUACAUCCUUAACUUCUCACAAACGGAUUCAUACACGUGAGAAGCCAUAUCUGUGAUAUCAGUAGUAAAUCAUUCUCUUGAAUUGAAUGCUUAACUGCACACAAGCAUUUACAUACAGGAGAGAGACCAUAUCAGUGCAAUAUCUGUGGUAAAGCAUUCACUGUAAGUUUUAGCUUACAAACACACAAACGUAUUCAGACAGGAGAGAAAACUUAUCACUGUGAUAUCUGUGGUAAAUCAUUUUCUCGACACCAAACUCCACUUGCGAAGACCUAUUGAGGCAAGUGAAAUCGAAAUCGAGUUAAAUUCGACGACUGGCACCCAUGCCAACAUCGUCUCCUACAUUGGACAUGAGACGCAGCUUGCGAAGACUUAUUGGGGCAAGGGAAAGCGAAAUUGUGAUGGCACCUAUGCCCAGCAUCGCCUUUCUGGCACUUGUGCCCGCGGCAUGUGUAAGGACUUUCGAGCGAGAUUGUUGCCAGUGCCCCUGGACUGGCUCUUGUGUGGGUGGCACAUAAAAAACACCAUUUUGAGCAUGGCUGUUGCCAGUACCGCCUGACUGGCCUUCGUGCUGGUGGCACGUAAAAGCACCCACUACACUCUCGGAGUGGUUGGCAUUAGGAAGGGCAUUCAGCUGUAGAAACUCUGCCAAAUCAGAUUGGAGCCUGGUGUAGCCAUCCAGUUCACCAGUCCUCAGUCAAAUCGUCCAACCCAUGCUAGCAUGGAAAGCGGAUGUUAAACGAUGACGAUGAUGAUGAUGAUCAUUCACUUAAUUAGGCGCAAAUUUAGGUCCCACCUCCACCCAUAUCAGCUACCUACAUCUUAUACUAAUUAAGCCAUUCCUCCUUAAUAUAUCCAACUACUAACCUGAAGAUUCUGAGUUCGAUUCCAAGCAGUGACAUGAAUAAUAAUAAUAUCUAAAAAUACCUUAGGUUCGAAAUUUCCCUAAGACAUCUGAUGAAGGCUGGAGGGUACAUCAGCCAAAAUAUUGUGUUAACAACAAACAAGAUGAGGACAAAUAUCCGUCAAAUGUAAAUAAUGUAAAUAAUUCCUCAUCUCUUAAAUAUAGAACUGCUCCAUGUACUAGUUCAAAUAUCCUAUGAAAAUGAAGAACAUUAUUUUCGUAAUUCUUUCGUAGGCACCGACUAACAUUGGAAGUGGAAAUGGCUGUAAGAAUUGUUAUGUCACAGAAAUGUUAUGUCAUGUUUUGUAUUAAUAAAUAAUCUACAGAUGUGGUCCAA